AUGAUGCGCUCAGGUCUCAUAUCUAUGAUCUACGACCAGACUAUCGGAACGACUGCCGAGGAAUUGAAUGAUUCGGCAGCUAUCACCUUGAUGGGAACAGACGUGGAGCGAAUAGUGGCCAACUUGAAGAAUAUGCACGAGGCAUGGGCGUCGAUCAUAGAAUUAGCGGUCGCAAUAUGGUUAUUGGAGCGAGAGGUCGGGGUCGCUUGUCUCAUACCUCUUGUCAUCUCACUCGGGUGCGUGCUGGCAAUGGUUCCAGUGUCACGCCGGUCUGGGCAAGCCCAAAAACAAUGGGUCGAACGAGUACAAAAGCGGCUUGCAGUGACAGCAAACACAUUCGGCAACAUGAAGGUUGUCCAGAUGCUUGGGCUCAACGAUGUUAUUUUCCCGCUGGUAUCGCAUCUACGGGAGGUUGAGAUACAGACGUCCCUUCGUUUCCGAAAGCUAUUGAUAUGGCAAGUGGCUCUGUCCAAUGUACCUGCUGUUCUCGCACCGUUCGCGACUUUUACAAUCUACGCAAUUAUAUCUGUCAUGCGACAUGGUGGUUCAAUCCUCUCUGCCCAAGCAUUUACAUCGCUCGCUUUGAUUUCUCUUCUUACAAGUCCACUGCUCAUCAUUUGUCAAGUCAUGCCGGCAAUCUGGCAGGCUGUCGCUUGCUUCGAUCGGAUUGAAACAUAUUGUGCGAAAGAUUCCCGUGCAAUCCUGAUAUCGUUAUCCUCGAAAUCCGAAGAAUUCCAUCCAUCCUUGGUCUCAUUCCAGAAUGCAAACAUAGCAUGGUCCUCAGAUCAAGAGCCCGUGUUCGCCAAUCUAACACUCACUAUCCACCCGGGAAUUACGAUGAUUGUCGGUCCUGUUGGGAGCGGGAAGUCAACUCUGCUUGAGAGCAUUGUCAACCAGCACAUGGUUAAAACCGGAUCCAUGACAACUUCAUUCUCAAGAGCAGCCUAUUGUCCUCAGAUCCCGUGGAUUAGGAAUGACACCGUACGGAGCAAUAUCAUCGGAUUUCACGCAUUCGAUCAAGCAUGGUACGACUUCACGUGUGCGGUGUGUGGCCUACAAGAUGACCUGGUUUCUUUCGCAAAGGGUGAUAUGCAUAUAACUGGAAGUGACGGUAUUGCGCUUAGUGGAGGCCAAAAACAGAGAAUUGCGCUUGCCCGGGCAAUCUACUCCAGGCUAAACGUCGUAAUUCUGGAUAAUGUCUUCAGCGGCCUCGACUCGAAGAAUAUCGAUCUUAUAUCGAGCUGCCUUUUCGGCAGCGAUGGCCAUUUUAGAAAAGCAGGUAUAUCAGUUAUUCUCGCUCUGAGUACGAAUCAACUUCUUUCUCAUGCGGACGAAGUUGUUAUGAUGGAAGAGGGAAAGGUUACCGCAUCAGGGUCAUACAAUGCGAUUGUCUCCAAGACACGUCAGUAUUUCUCGAAGGGCCUAAAGGCAGUAGAAGAUACUAGUCUUUCGACAGCAGAAAGCUCAGUUCUAUUCCCGUCACUUGUCCAAAACAAGGAUCAUACCAACAUCAAUAUGAAAGCAGCUGACGAUGAGAACACCAUUAAUAGACAGAAAGGAACUUGGUCCGUGUAUACAUACUACUUUCGAAGCGCAGGAUACGGUCUCUUAGGUCUGUUUUUGGCAUUCACUAUCAUUGAGGCAUUCUGCUCCAGCUUUCAAACAUUGUGGAUUCGAUGGUGGGUCGAGGCAAAUGAAGAGCAACCGAACAAGCAGCUGGGCAUGUAUCUCGGUGUAUACGGCAUGAUAUUCGGAUUGGCCCUUCUGAGUCUUAUAGCUAGCUGCUGGUUACUCUUCGUUCGGGCCCUCAACAAUACUUCGCUAAAUCUGCAUUCUGACCUUCUCAAAACAGCGCUUGGGGCAUCGACCAGCUUCUUUCAAGGUGUAGACACUGGCUCUAUAACCAACAGGUAUUGUUAUUUCCACAAUAAUCUGCUUACGUGGGCAACUGACGCAAUCCCAAACAGAUUCAGCCAAGAUUUGGAACUCAUUGAUAUGAUGCUACCGGUAUAUGCUGUCAAUUGUGUUACGAACGUGAUUACGGUCUUUAUUGACGUCCUUAUUAUAUGUAUUUUGGGUAAAUAUCUGGCAGUCUCAAUCCCGUUCUUGGGGGUGGUUCUAUUCUUCGUUCAGUCAUAUUACCUACGCACGUCCCGGCAGGUCCGACUGCUAGACAUCGAGGCGAAGGCACCGAUCUACACACAUUUCCUCGAGACGAUCCACGGCAUAUCAAGUAUCAAAGCUUUCAACUGGGAGCCUCAGAUGCGAGAUAAAGGCCUCGCUCUCCUGGAUCAAUCGCAACGUCCAGUCUACAUGCUGUACACCAUCCAGCAAUGGCUGACUCUAGUUCUGGACUUGGCUGUAGGGGCAAUGGCCGUCAUUCUUAUUGCCAUGGUCACGUCUUUAAGAAAUCAGUUCAAUGCGGCAUCCAUUGGCGUUGCGCUGAAUCUUCUUCUGACGCUAAAUCAAACAUUGACAAAUGCUAUCAAAAUGUGGACCAUGACUGAAACCUCCAUCGGGGCCGUCACACGCGUGCAACACUUUAUACAAGAUACACCAUCGGAAGGAUGUUGCAUCACGCCUUCGAUUAUUUCCCAACUACCGGAUGACUGGCCUGGCAGCGGUGUGGUGGAAUUCAGAGACGUGACUGCUGGAUAUAACUACUCCUCUACCCCGAUCCUCAGAGGUCUCACCAUGAGCAUCAAGCCGGGAGAGAAUAUUGCAGUUUGCGGGCCGUCUGGAAGUGGAAAGACAUCACUGAUCAUGGCGAUGCUCCAGAUGCUUGACAUUCAGUCCGGACGCAUUAUGAUAGAUGACAGGGACCUCGCCGGGAUUCCGAGAAGCGCAAUCCGCUCGCGUAUUAAUGUGGUCUCACAAGACCCAUUCUUCAUGCCAGGCACUCUUCGUUUCAAUAUUGACCCUCGUCAGUGUGUGGUCGAUGCGGAACCUAUCCGUGCCAUUGAGAAGGUAGGCCUCUGGGACCGCGUUCAAGCCAAAGGAGGUUUGGAUAUGGAGUUCUCUUUUGCGGAUUGGUCGGUUGGACAGAGGCAGCUACUUGCCUUGGCUCGCGCCCUUGUGACAAAAAGCCACCUGUUAAUAUUGGAUGAAGCUACCAGCAGCGUCGAUUGGGAAACGGAGGCGAUCAUGCAGGAUAUUGUUGAGAAGGAAUUUGUUCAGGAAACGAUCAUUGCGGUGGUGCAUCGGUUUCGAUAUAUUCAUCGGUUUGACAGGGUGGUGUUUCUCAAGUAUGGAGAGGUUGUGGAGUGCGAUACUCCUGAAGUAUUGUUGCAGAGUGAUUCCGAAUUCCGAAGGAUGUAUUUGGCUUCUCAACGGCUUGCUUGCGGUUUAUAA